CCAGGGCAGCCCCGCCCCAGGGGCCCGCCCAGCUUCAGACAUUUCAUAACGACUGCUGACGACAGGGCAGCGGGGCAGAGCAGGGACGGCCAGGAGGAAGGGCAGCUUGGCGGGGCCUCAGGAUGGACCCCUUCGCGGACACCCUGCGGCGGCUGCGGGAGGCCUUCUGCUCAGGGCGGACGAGGCCCGCUGAGUUCCGGGCGGCGCAGCUCAAGAGCCUGGGCCGCUUCCUGCGGGACAACAAGCAGCUUCUGCAGGAGGCGCUGGUGCAGGACCUGCGCAAGUCAGCCUUCGAGGCGGAGAUGUCUGAGAUCGGAAUCAGCCAGAACGAGAUUGACUUGGCCCUCAGGAAUCUGAGGGCCUGGAUGAAGGAUGAGAAAGUGCCCAAGAAUCUGGCCACGCAGCUGGACUCAGCCUUCAUCCGGAAGGAGCCCUUCGGCCUGGUGCUCAUCAUUGCCCCCUGGAACUACCCCGUGAACUUGACCUUGGUGCCCCUGGUGGGCGCCCUCGCUGCAGGGAACUGCGUGGUGCUGAAGCCAUCGGAGUUCAGCAGGAGCACCGAGAAGAUCCUGGCUGAGGUGCUGCCCCGAUACCUGGACCAGAGCUGCUUUGCCGUGGUGCUAGGAGGGCCCCAGGAGACCGGGCAGCUGCUGGAGCACAAGUUUGACUACAUCUUCUUCACGGGGAGCCCCCGAGUGGGCAGGAUCGUCAUGGCUGCCGCCGCCAAGCACCUGACACCCGUCACGCUGGAGCUGGGGGGCAAGAACCCCUGCUACGUGGACGACGACUGCGACCCCCAGACCGUGGCCAACCGCGUGGCCUGGUUCCGCUACUUCAACAGCGGCCAGACCUGCGUGGCCCCCGACUACGUCCUGUGCAGCCCGGACACGCAGGAGCGGCUGCUGCCCGCCCUGCAGAGGGCCAUCACCCGCUUCUACGGCGAGGACCCCCAGAGCUCCCCGAGCCUGGGCCGCAUCAUCAGCGAGAAGCACUUCCGGCGGCUCCGGGGCCUGCUGGGCUGUGGCCGCGUGGUCAUCGGCGGCCAGAGCGACGAGCGCGACCGCUACAUCGCCCCCACGGUGCUGGUGGACGUGCAGGAGACCGAGCCGGUGAUGCAGGAGGAGAUCUUCGGCCCCAUCCUGCCCAUCGUGAACGUGAGGAGCCUGGACGAGGCCAUCGACUUCAUCAACCGUCGGGAGAAGCCCCUGGCCCUGUAUGCCUUCUCCAACAGCAAUCAGGUGGUCAAGCGAGUACUGGCCCAGACCAGCAGCGGGGGCUUCUGCGGGAACGACGGUUUCAUGCACAUGACCCUCGCCAGCCUGCCUUUCGGAGGAGUGGGUAGGUGCCCACAGAGCCCCGCCUUCUCUGCUGUUCCUGGACUGAGGGCACCCCAACACCUCCAUCCUGCAGAAACCUUCCAGACCUGUCACGUGCUCCCUUUACUCCACGGGGAGGCUACGAACUGCCCCUUAAACCCUUCCUGUGUCCCCGCAGUCCAGCACUUGGUGUGUCACACACACCCCCCCCGGGAGACAGGGGCUGUUCCCAGCCCGGGGGAAGCCGGGGGAGUGGAGACCCCCGGCCCCAGCAGCCCCCGUGACUGCUGCCAAGUCCUGGCCUCUGAGGCAGGAAACCUCGGGGCUGGUCCCAGUGCGCCCAAUGGCUGUGUGAUCUGGGGUAGCCAGGUCCCUCUCUGAUCCUGUCGCCUCCUUAGCGGCAUGGGAGAGCCAGACUGGCGCCUGUCCACACUAGGCACCUGAGCCAGGGUCCGGCAGGGCCUGGCAAAUUGUCCGGGUGGGUCUGGAUGCUCCCUGGGAGCAGCCGAUGCCACACGGGUACAUGGCAAGCUGAGAGCAGACGUGGAGGCUGUGUGGGCCCCCGGGACUGGGUCCCACUGCUGGCCCCUGUCCUGGAGCCCCAACCUAGCCCACCUGACUGCCCGUCUCCAUCCCGGCCCCUCUACUCCAGGGAAGUGCGGCUGUCUGUCUGGGGGCAGAUCCCAUCCUGCUACUCCCCACAGGAUUGAGCAAGGCCCUGACUCACAGCUUCCUGGGGCCUGGCCCUUCCUGGUCUGGCCAUGGUGUCCUGCUCCCACCUCCUCUCCCUGCUUCCCUCCCUGCUGCCCCAGCCACACUGGGCCCGGCCAGGUCCCUGUGUGCCACAGGUCACCCACCUCCAAGGCUGAGUUGUCCCAAGCCUGGGUCCCUCUUGCCCCCACCCCCCCUCUUCCUCUGGUCAGCUCUAGAUCCCUCAGGCCUCACUCCCUCCAGGAAGCCCUCCUUCAUUACCCCCAACUCCAGCCAUUGUGGGUCCCCUGGAGAGGGGGGAGGGUCGGGAGGGUCAGAGGGAGAAGCAGACUCCCCGCCGAGCAGGGAGCCCGAUGUGGGACUCGAUCCCGGGACUCCAGGAUCAUGACCUGAGCCGAAGGCAGUUGCCCAACCAACGGAGCCACCCAGGCGCCCCGAGAAUCCACACUCUUGACCUAUCUUGCCCCAGCACCUGGUGUCUCCGACAUUUACCAAGUUGUUGCUGGUGCCAGACUCAGAGCUAAGCCCUUUACCUACACUGCCUCAUGACUGGCCCAUUUUACAGAUGAGGAAACUGAGGUCCUACUGUGUGUGGCUGGCAGAGCCCAGGCGUGUCCAACACGCUCCCAGCUGGCCGCCACGAGGCUGACUGCGGUGUCCCAUGCCACCGUACAGGUGCCAGUGGGAUGGGCAGCUACCACGGCAAAUU